AUGAUUUUUCUAUUAGCUUUCGCUUUAUUCAAUGUAUGUUCUUGUGUACCAUUUCGGUAUCAUAAGGAUGUGGGUAUCAAGCAGGCAGAGUACUUGAUGAUUCAGGAGACGAUGGGAAGGAUAAUAGGAGGAAAUCAAGUGCCUAGUAUUAUGACAUAUCCUUAUCAGGCUGGAAUAGUAGCUACUUUGACAAAUGGACUUCAGUCCAUUUGUGGUGGAGCUCUGGUUUCAAACACUCGGGUAUUAACGGCAGCUCAUUGUUGGUGGGACGGGGAGAACCAGGCUAGGUCAUUUACCGUCGUGCUAGGUUCUCUUACUAUAUUCUCAGGGGGAACUAGACUUGCUACUAGUGACGUUGUGGUCCAUCCAUCUUGGAAUGAUAAGGAUAUUACUAAUGAUAUUGCGGUUGUUAGGAUUUCCAGAGUGCAGUAUACUAAUAAUAUUCAAGCAAUACCGCUACCCUCUAUAUCGGAUGUUAAUAACGCUUUUGCUGGAGUGACAGCUACCGCUACGGGUUAUGGAAAGACGAAGGAUUCUCAAAAAGGAUUUCCAAAAACUACUUCACUGCAGCACGUCAACCUUAAAGUUUUGACCAACGCUGUCUGUCAACGAACAUUCUCAGGCGUCACCAUACACAAAAGUCAUCUAUGUACAGAUGGCUCUCAGCGAGUUGGUACUUGCGAGGGUGAUUCGGGUGGACCAUUGACAACUAUUAUCAAUAAUAAGCGGAUGUUGAUCGGAAUAGUAUCGUUUGGACUGGGAGAUGGAUGUGAACGAGGCACGCCCUCCGUGUACACGAGAGUAACGGAGUUCCGUACAUGGAUCAACGCGCAACUUUAG